AUUUCGUAUCUUCAUUUCUAUUCUAUUUUUUAACAAAAGAGCCUUUUGUCUAGCCUAUUUUACAAGUGUAACUGUAUCAGCCAGAUUCAUCUGACUGUCUUACUAUCUACUUCUAAUUUUCAGGUCUAUGUGUCAUUUUAUCAACAAAUUAUUUAGUGAGUUAUUCUUUUCAGUCCUGUCUUGACUGGUUUCUGGUGGAGUCACACCUUUUCCUCUGUCAAAGUUUCAUCUGUCUUCAUGAUGAAGUUCCGCAACCACACCGUCUCCCUCAGCAUCCUGUCGUCUGAGAGCAGAGUGGAAGCCACCCUGAACCAGAUGCCGGUGCGGCCCCCAUACGAGGAGCAGGGGAUCCGCUUUGAGACCACCGGAUUUAUGGUGUCCGUCUACAUCGAAGAGAUCCGCUCCUAUGUCUCAUUGACGCCCUCAAACACACUGGUCAUCACCCUGGCGAUGGAGCACUUCCAGAAUAACACGGAGGGGCAGUGUGGUGAGUGUGGAGGCAGCUCUUGUUUGCGCCCUAGUGGUAAGAGAGAGAAUGACACCUGCUGUGCAAAGACAGCAAGUGACUGGAUCUACCCCGACCCCCACAAGCCCUACUGUGCCUCUUCACACGGAAACGUGCCCUGCGACACUCUCCUUCCAACACCGCCCCCCUGCAAACCACCCCUCCAUGCCUCUGAUAUCUGCGAGAUCCUCAGACACCCUGAGUUCCAGCCAUGUGGAGCGGUUGUGAAUCUGGAUGUUCUGGUGCAUAGCUGCAAGUCUGAUGUCUGCCUUUCUGGACUCUCGAACAUGUCUUGCUCUGUGUUCGCUCAGGCCGCUGAGGCGUGCAAGAAAGCAGGCUUCUGUGUGGAGUGGCAACACCUCACCAACGGCACCUGUAACAUACAAUGUCCAGGUGGGAUGAUGUACCACGAAUGCCAAGGCCAACUGGAUGACUACUGCAGUGGAAGGUGAGGUUGAGUCCGACAAAGCUAAGAACGAGUCAGAGAUGGAGG